GGAAACAGAUGAUUUCCUAGCCAACAGCAAAGAGGCAGUUAGUGCUGAGUAUGUGUAUCCUGUGCACAGGUGAAGAAGAGCUGAAGAACAUUGAGUAUCUUGGCAUCUCUGUGUGGGCCACAAACUCCAUCGUGACUGUGAAGACCAACUGCGAGUUUCUGCAGUGACAGAAUAUCGGAUACACAUUGAGGGGAAAGCAAGUUGACAUCUCUGACAAACAGGACCAUGGGGAAGAAGUGCCGCAUUGCUUGCUUCAUCAUUUUUGUUUUGAUUGUUUCCCUAAUUGUGUAUUCAUGGGUGAAACAUAAACAGUCCCCCAACAAUCACUGCUACUCCAAAGCCGCUGUAGCAGCCUCCAAUGGGAAAUGUUCUGAGAUCGGCAGGGACAUGUUACAGCGUGGUGGCUCUGCAGUGGACGCCGCCAUCGCAGCGCUGCUGUGUGUCGGACUGUUUAACGCUCACAGCAUGGGAAUAGGAGGAGGACAUUACUUCAUCAUCUAUAAUGGCUCUACAGGGGAGGUGGAGACAAUCGACGCGAGGGAAACGGCUCCCCAAAAGGCCACACGUGACAUGUUCGGCAAUGACACGCAGCUCGCUCAAAAAGAAGGCCUGUCCAUUGCGGUCCCCGGUGAGCUUCGUGGCUAUGAACUGGCACACCGGCGUCAUGGCCGCCUGCCGUGGAGGGAUCUGUUUCAGCCGAGCAUCCAGCUGGCACGUGAAGGCAUCCGUGUCAGCAAAGGUCUCGCUGAAGCCAUGCAGAAAAACAAGAAAGACAUUGAGGCUAAUGAAACGCUGUGUGAAUUAUUUUGUGAUUCCAACAAAACCAUCCUGAGGGAAAACGAUAUUAUCAGAUUUCCACAGCUAGCAGACACCUACGAGAAGAUCGCUGAAGGAGGAGCUGAUGUUUUUUAUAAUGGCUCCAUGGCUGAAACGAUAGUGAAUGACACCCAAACUGCAGGUGGCAUUAUAACACUUGAAGACUUGUUAAGGUAUACACCAGUGUUGAAUGAAAGCCCACUGAAGAUAAAUGUGGGAGAAUACACAAUGCACUUUCCAGAUGCUCCAUCUAGCGGUCCUGUGCUAGCGCUAAUCCUCAACAUUGUGCACGGUUAUAAUUUCUCAUCCAGCAGUGUGUCUACUACAGAGAAGAAGACGCUCACUUAUCACCGCAUCAUCGAGGCUUUCCGCUUCGCUUUCGCUAUGAGGAGCAGGCUGGGAGAUCCUCGUUACCUCAACAUCACUGACCUCAUCCACAACAUGACCUCGGACUACUUUGCCAAUAACAUCCGCAGUAAGAUCUCAGAUGACAGCAUGCAGCCAGAGAGUUACUAUGAUCCAGAAUACUUUAACCCUGAGAGUUACGGAACGGCUCAUCUGUCCAUCAUCGCUGAGGAUGGGAGCGCCGUGGCUGUGACCAGCAGCAUCAACCAAUAUUUUGGUUCUAAAGUGAUGUCACGUUCCACUGGAAUCAUCUUUAACAAUAUGAUGGACGACUUCAGUUCUCCGCACAUCACAAAUGCAUACAACGUUCCUCCUUCUCCUAAUAACUUCAUCCAACCAGGUAAAAGGCCGCUCUCGUCCAUGUGCCCGACCAUCAUCUGCGACAAAAACAACAAAGUUAAAAUGGUUGUGGGAGCUUCAGGUGGGACGAAGAUCACCACGGCAACGGCUCUGGUGAUCCUGAACUCUCUGUUCUUUAACUACGAUGUGAAGAGAGCUGUAGAGGAACCCAGAUUCCACAACCAGCUCAAGCCCAACGACACUGAGGUGGAAGAGAACUUCGAUCAGAGUGUGAAAAAGGGACUAGAACAGAAGAAGCACAACACACCGUUGCAGAAUACCACUUCGUUGGUUCAGGCCGUGGUGAGGCAGGAUGAUCUGAUCUGUGCUGUAUCAGACCAGAGGAAAGGAGGAUAUGCUGUCGGCUACUGAAACAAACUAUAACAAUAAUCAACUUUUAUCUGUACAGCUUUGUUAAAACAAAGAAAUUUACGCAAAUCUGAAUGAAUCACACAGAUCAUUACAAAGCUUUCAAUACACAGAUAAUCUGCCUACAUAUACUGUUUGUAUUUAACUACAACUUGUAGAUGAACUUACUGUCAAGAAGCACUUGUAAUGUUGUAUGCUUUUCAUUUUAGCCUACUUAAUUUCUUAUAUUGUAUGUUGGAAAUAAGUGGAUAUGAAGAAUCAGUCACAUGGGAACAAGCUGUUAUAUGAAAAUCAUCAUCUUUGGGGUGGUAACAGUAACUUUGCUUCAUAAUGCUUUGCUUCUUAUACCACAGCAAUUUGCCAAUGAUUACACAUCAUUUUUUAUCCAUUUAUAGUUAUGUUUAAUGUUGUGGAACGCCCAUGAAACAAGUUAUUUCAUGUUCUCAUUUAUGUUAUAGCAGCUAUAAACAGUCGUUCCCUCACCAGCCUUGCUUUCUCUACAUAGCUCAUCGUGUUACUGAGAAACCGCAAAGCUCCUCUGUCCUGAAGAUGUCGGAAAACUUAACGUUAUAGCUUUACCUCUGACUAUUACAAAGCGCUGACACUGUAGACUCCUUCCAUACAUGUUACAUAUCUGUUUGUGUUGCAAGUCCACUGUACAAGUCCCUGUGAAUGGUGAAUGAGCUGUUACUAUAGAAAUGAUUACGUAUUAGAACAAGCGCAUUAUAUAAUAUAAACCUGUGAUUUACAGCUGCACUACUGUCAGAGCUGAUGUUAUAGAAAAUUAAUCAACAACUUCUGGCCAAUCACAGUCCAGAAUUCAGCAGCACAGUGGUGUAAAUAUAUUUAAUCAGUCUUUUAAAAAACAUUUAUAAAGUUAAGAUUGACCUCUCAUUAAUGUAACUUUAUGUUUGGUUUCAGUUUCUUCAGGAUUUUUCAAGACUAAAUGCUGUACAUUAAAAAACAAUUAUACCCCUAAUAAUUUGCCUAAAAAGAGAGAUUUGUUAGUUAAAUAAUAUUAUAUUACAACACAACGCUGUCUUUAACAGCCACCAUGGACAAUUCUAUGCCAGACCACCAGAGGGAGCCCUCCUCCAAAUUUUGAAUCACUUAUUCUGUUGUCAUACUCAUUUCCUUUUUGUUCAGUAUUAAAAGCACAUGAACCCUCUUCUUAUUGUGAAGCUUUUCGGUUUGCAUUGUCUUUCAGAUGAGUUCUGAGCCGUUUGUUCUGGAAGGUUUAUGUGUGUAUGACCCUGCUUUGUCAUGUCUUGUCCUUGCCGUUGCCUGACCCUUUUAGAUUUGAUGCUAUAUCUGAUUUCUGGAUUAUUGAUCCUGCCUAGCUUUUUGCACACAAUUUUUGCAUAG